AUAGCACUCUUCAAAUAAACCUCACAUCAGUACCUCAUGGCUCAUAUUGCUGUGGAGAGAAACAGAAGAAGGCAAAUGAAUGAACAUCUUAGGGUUUUGAGAUCUUUAACCCCUUCUUUCUAUAUCAAAAGGGGAGAUCAAGCCUCCAUUAUUGGGGGAGUCAUAGAGUUCAUCAAGGAGUUGCAUCAAGUGUUGCAAUCCUUGGAGUCGAAUAAACGAAGGAGGAAGAGUAUAAGCCCUAGCCCCGGUCCGAGCCCCAGGCCACAGCUGGUGGCUUUGGGGUCCGAUAAAAGCCCGUUCGGAUUUGAAAAUGGAGUUGACGUCGGAGCAUGUUGCAAUUCAUCGGUUGCGGAUGUUGAAGCAAAGAUUUCGGGUUCGAACGUGGUUUUGAAGAUCAUUUCUCGACGGAUUCCCGGCCAACUUUCAAAGAUGAUUGGUGUCUUCGAGAGGCUGUCCUUUGAGGUUCUUCAUCUCAACAUUAGUAGUAUGGAUGACACGGUUCUAUACUCUUUUGUUGUCAAGAUAGGGCUUGAAUGUCAGCUAAGUUUGGAGGAAUUAGCUUAUGAAGUUCAACAAAGCUUUUGCUCUCAACUUUAUUUAUGCCAGUGAUAAACAUAAUUUAAUUAACCUUUCAAGAACUUAAUUAUAUGCUUAAUUAUAGUCAGUUUUAGUUUACAUUAAGAAUAGAAAAAUAAGAAAGUUUGGCAGAUCACUCAAGAUCACUGUUUAAUCAAUAUAAGAAGCUAAUUUACAUAUA